UGUUCUCUAACGGCUUGUCCGUGAGAUGAGAACACUACUUCCCAUAAUGCAAAUGUACUUUUUAUUUAUUUAUUUUUUAUCAAAGUUGGUCCGUCUGCGGUGUAAUGGAAUUGGAAAAUGAGAACAGCGAAAGGAGUAACCGAGCAGAUAAAAUGGAAAAUAUUGCAAAAAUUGCACAUUGAUAUCAAAUAUGCAACAGUACGGCAGUUGUAUUAGCGACGGUUCGUUAUGACAGACGUUGCACAGUGUUCUGUCUUGCUCCGUUUUUGUUGUUAGCUACAUGGACGUUGAACUAGCUGGCUAGCCACCUCCCUGUUACGAGCAACGCCGGGGUGUAACGUUGUUCUUCGUUUAGGCUUCGGCUCAUCACCGUACUGCAGUAUGUUACAGUGGCCGAAAGGAGGGCCAAGGCUCGGUGAUAGCAUUUGAGCGUCACCGCUGUGCAAGAGCAGCGUUAGUUCACACCAUUUGUCAACAAUGCACAACCCGUUGCAAGCUAUAAUUAUUACCAUCUUUUAUGCAAGUUAGCCUGUCAGCUUAGUCAGUAGCUAAUAUUAUGGCGCAGUACAGAAAUUAAUAGCCAGUAACAUUUCAGUGCCGUGGGACAAGUGCUGCUGGUGCAUUCCGAAAAGCGAUAAGGGAUCAUACAAGCAGGAUGGAGCGAGGAGGCAUCAUGGAGCGAGCAGGCAGCAUCCAGCUGGAUGUCCCGGACUUCAGCAACUCUGUGCUGUCCCAACUGAACCAGCUGCGUAUGCAGGGGCGGCUGUGCGACAUAGUGGUGAACGUGCAGGGCCAGAGCUUCCGUGCUCACAAGGUGGUGCUGGCAGCCAGCUCCCCUUACUUCCGAGACCACAUGUCGCUGAGCCAGAUGAGCACUGUGUCCCUGUCAGUCAUCCGCAACCCCUCUGUGUUCGAUCAGCUCCUCUCAUACUGCUACACAGGGAGGCUGUGCCUGCAGCUGGCCGACAUCAUCAGCUACCUGACGGCCGCCAGCUUCCUGCAGAUGCAGCACAUCAUUGACCGCUGCACGCAGAUCCUGGAGGGCAUCCAUCUAAAGAUCAGCCUGGCGGAGGAGGAGCUGGGGGCCGGAGGGGGGCAGCAGGGGCACAGGGGGUCUGGGAGCUUGGAGGAAAGAAGAAGAGGAGGUGGGGUAGGAACAUCAGGGGGCUCGGGCUCCCUCAGCCCGCGCCACAGCAGCCCCAGGGUUCUGGGCCCUCAAGGAAGCAGCGGCGGAGGGGCCAUGGAUAUCCGAGAGGUGGGAAGCCCAGCGGGGGAGUCCAUGAGCCCCCAGUUGGUGGAGCACAGCGGGCUGGGCCCAGAGGGUCUGCCUGGGGGGAUGGAAGUGGGCAGCAGGCUGGGGAAGGAGCCCAUACUGCGCAUCAAUCGGGCCGGCCAGUGGUACGUGGAGGCCGAGUCGGAGAGGGGGAGCGGCGGUGAAGAGGGGGAGUCGGUGCGGGUGGUGGACGGUUUGAGGAUAAAGACGGAGAGGGUGGAAGAGUGGACGGGGGCUGAUACCCAGGAAGAAGGCAGCGGGGCGGAAGAGGGAGCAACCAUGAUGAUUGACACGUCCGGGUGCAGCUCGCUGGUUCAGGAGGGUAUUGUCACGGGGGCCAAGAGCUCUCAGCCCUCCAACAGCUUCAGUGAGACAGAGAGGUUUAGUCCUACUGGCAGUGUGGUGGUGAUGGCAGAGAGACCGAGAGCCAAGAGUGAGUCACCCAGCAGAGCGGACGACCAGCGCCAUCCCAGCUCACAGGGGGAGGAGCAGGCUGUGUUCGGCGGCUACGAGGAGUACCUGCGUGAACAGGUGGGUGACCGCUGGUUCCGCUACAACCCUCGACUCACCUGCAUCUACUGCUGCAAGUCCUUCAACCAGAAGGGCAGCCUGGACCGCCACAUGAGGCUGCACAUGGGCAUCACACCUUUCGUGUGCCGCAUCUGUGGCAAGAAAUACACCCGCAAGGACCAGCUGGAGUACCACAUCCGCAAGCACACAGGAAACAAGCCCUUCCAUUGCCACGUCUGCGGCAAGAGCUUCCCCUUCCAGGCCAUCCUCAACCAGCACUUCCGCAAGAACCACCCGGGCUGCGGCCCUCAGGAAGUGGCCCACAGCGCCUCCCCAGAGACCACCACUGUCUCCUCCCGGGGGGGCCAGAACGAGGAGGGGUCGCCCAGCCAGGAGGAGCCAGAGGGGGGUACCGGUGGAGGUGGGGCCUCUUUCAGAGAGGGUGUCCAGGCCUCUGUCUCCACCACUGGGCCUGAUUGACCCAGUGGACCAGGGAGGGUGAUGGUUGGGGUAUAGGAGGACAGGGUAUAUGUUUGGCUGGGGGCAAUUAGGCUAUUGGUUUGUACUCUCCUGCCAGGGGAGGAAAGAAAAUGUAUCUUGAAGUUGCUUCAAAGGAAAGGAUGAAAAGGGGAGUAGGUGAUUUUCAGAGGGUUUCAAGUCCAUCCAGGGUGUGAUUUUUAUAAACAUUUAAAAAAUCAUUUCAACUAAACAGCAGGGACAGGAGAGCGAUGCAACAGAGUAGUUUAAUAGGGCACUUUGUAAAUGUCGUUAUUUAUAAAUGAUAUUUCCGCUUUAAACCACAUCUACCUUCACAAUACAAACAUGAACAGAUUAAGCCAACGCAUGAAGAAAUGCCACAAACUCCCAAUAACCUCACAACACUGAAUGCAGUGGUUUUUAUUUGACUAUUUUCUUAUGUUACAGUUUUAUACUUUUGUAUUACUGGUUUUACAGGUUCAGAAUGCAGAAAAAUAACAGGUUGAUCUGGUCAUAAUUUGUAUUAAUAUUGCCAAAAUACUGUACCAGUAUAAUAUCUACAUACCUAGUCAAUUCUUGCCUUUUGUCUUGAGACAAUCUUGAGCAGUUGAGAGUCCGUGAUAGAUAAUCAGACUCCUCUUCAUACAGUAUAUGGGCAAUUCCACAUGAAUAGUAGAUAUGGCCCAGUGAACAAAACCAGUUAAUUUGGUAGUGAGUAAUGGGUAAAAUGAUUAAAAUAACACUUCACUUUAUUGACUGAUGUUGGUCUUAUGACCAUUUUAUGUAAUGCGUCUUAACACGGCUAAAUGCGUUCAGAAGUAUACCAUUAUUUAAUCAGUGCAACAUUUUUACAGAUGUAUUAAGAUAUUGGCAAAGGUAAAAGAGGCCUUUAAAGAGGACUCUUGUUAAUCCAUAUGUAUUUGACCCAUAUCUCCACAUUCUUCAACCAGCUGCUGAAUGCAUCCUUCUAUACAGGAACACUUAACACAGGAAACUCAAUGUUUUUUAACCUCAGAUAAGCUACAAUAAAACUCUUACCUCUCACACAUCACUACGCAAUAUAGCUCUGCUCCAAGCAGAUUGGUCGAUGCACUCAGCCGAAUUGACAGUAUGUUUUCUCAUUUUUCUAUGUUGUGGUUAACUACUUUUUUUUUUAUACAAGUGACUUGUUUUUGCAUAAGCGUGUGUCUUCGGAACAUUUUUAUCUAGCUCUGACAAUGUAUCUGGAGGAUGUAGAGACGAGACAAGAUUGUAAUGGAGGACACUCGUAUCCCUAUUGGGGGUGUUCUAAGGAAGAGAGACGAGACUCUGCAGCUGUACUGUAGUACCACCCAAGAGAAAGCCGGAGCCCACUGAUGCUACAGAUGUCCCAACACCAGAGGAUAGACACUCAGCCUGCAUGCUUGCUACAGUGGAGUGUGUUCCACUGGAAAUCAAUCAUUAAGAAGAGGAGGCAUCCAAAGGAAUUGAGAGGUCAAGCCAAGGGUCGGAUUUCCCUCCCUCGAAGGGAGGCCAAAAUAACUACGCCAAGCACUUCAAGAAAGGAGGGGUAUAUAUCGCAAAUUCAUAUUUAAACAAAUGUAACUUUAAAAAAACAAUGUAUGCAGAUAAAGGGUAGCACAGUGGAUUGGCCGUCACUGUUCUUUUCUUUUAGAACUGUGAAUCAUUUGUGCGUGUGACGGGAGUUAAUGAAUGGGUGUAUGCAAGUGGAAAAACAUUUACCGAUUGGUCCACUGGGUUUUUCUUAUCCGAAUUGAGAAUGCGUUACACAUCACCACAGUACACCUCGGUUAAUAUUCGUCAGACAUAAACAGAUCAACAUUUGUUAUAUCAGGUAUUUUUGUUUGUAUUUUUGUUUACCGUUUUUAAGUUUAUUCUGUUUGUACGUAACUUUUAAGGGGUUUUAGAUAAACCAUUAUGCUUGGGCUACCUGCAGUGAAAUCUUACAGCAAGCCUUAUUUAGCAAGUGCAGCUAAACAAUGAUUAAAUAUAUACUGAACAAAAAUAUAAAUGCAACAUGCAACAAUUUCAAAGAUUUUACUGAGUUACAGUU